CUCCUCUCCACCAGCCACUGUCAUCUCCUCUCCACCAGCCACUGUCAUCUCCUCUCCACCAGCCACUGCCAACCUCCACCCUUCUGUCAUCUCUUCUCCAUUAUCCACUGUUCAACCUGCUGUUCAACCUGCUGUUACCACCUCCCCACCUACUUCCACCUCUUCUCUACCAGUUCCAGUCACAUCCUCUCCACCUCCUGUCAUCUCCUCUCCACCUUCUGGAACCAUCUUUGCUCAAACAUCUGUCUCCUCCUUAGAAAAAUGUGUGAAAGAGGCUUGGGAAGGAAAAAAUGUUCAUGUCCUUCUGUCAAAAAUUGGACCAUACAAAUUGUUUUAUUGGGACAUCGCCAACCUAGCACCCAAUCAACAGGUUGAAAGUGAGGUGAUCAAUGCUUAUCUGAAGCAUAUUGUUCACAAGAAAAAUCAAGAACAUGGAGGCAAACAGGCACUAUACAUUGAUUCUUUUGAAAUGACUGGUAUGUGGCAGGGGAAGAACACAAAACUGAAGUGUGACCCCAAUAACUUUCAAGUGAUUCUGGGAGCUGUAAACGAGCCAAACCACUGGAUACUGACAGCAUUUUUUCCACAACAAAAAAGGAGUUUGGUGCUUGAUUCUCUUGGAAACGCCUCCACAAAAUUAGUCACAUGUGAAAGGACAGCAAGAGCAUUCAUGAGAAAGCGAGGGUGUGAGGUGUCCACAUGGACAACAGAAACGGUUCCUCAUGCAUUACAGACAGAUGCUGUGUCAUGUGGAGUGUUUGUGCUGAAAUACGCUGAGAAUAUUCUGGCAGAGGAGCCACUGACAUUUACUAAUUCAAAAUCAGCUGUUCAGACUUACAGAUGGGAGGUGGCAAUGACUUUGCUCAAGGAGACAGAUAAUCUCGAAGAUGUGUGCCACUACUGUGGAGAAAAAAGUGGAGAAACAGAAAAAAGCAAACGUGGGAAAAAAAAGAAAGGGCAAGCAUGCAAUACUGUCUGGUUACCCAACCCACUCAUUAGGACUCCCCCUAAUACUAGUGAUGCCCCAACACACCAGGAGGUUGAAGACCAACCCCCCCCUUUCUCUGACAGGUGAAGUCAGACUCUGCCUAUUUUUGAACAGCUGCUGAUGCAGCAUUGCCAAGUAGCAUCAUCAGCUCACAGACGCCUUGUGCUGAUCGAAAUCAUCCUUUGGAGUGAUGAGGGGAAAGAGUGCCAUGUACCCACCCAGAGAGAGCAAGGCCAAUUUUGCUGCCUGAGGGUUCCGGUAGCUAAUGGCAACUACAUAAACAGGAUUUGAACCGGCGAGCUCCUGGUCAUAGAGGCAGUGCAAAGCCUGCUGGACCACUCGGAGGCCAUCACUAUGUUUUGUUUUGACAGAAAGGUUUGUGUUUAUGUGUAUGUAUCUUUUGCAUGUUUUCCCAUUAUUUGAGCUUGAUUAUUAUGUAGACUUUGCAAUAAAUAAGUAUUUUCAA